AUGGCGUCGUACACGUGUGUCCGCACUGCACCGCCGCCUCGGAUCUCUUCACCGUUUUCUCCCUCGACCUCGGCCUGCCUCCAGGACAGCGACUGCGGCAGCAGGUACCUUUUUCAAAUUUUUAAUAAUCCAUACAAUUUCAUCAUAAACAGUCGCCGAACACUCCUAGACCACUCAUUCAAUAAAUAACAUAUUUUUUUCUGUUUUGGCAAAAAGGAGGUGAAGAAUUCCCAUACUUUUCAAUGAUUCAAUUACAAAUCCAAAACAAGGAUGUUAUUCCAACGAUCGGUCCAAAAAUAUCUUGUUAUUGCUCAAUUUUACAUAAAAUCAGAUUGAGAUUUGCAAAGUAGUUGAAAUUUCAGAAUCUCUUCAUCAAGUCGAUGUUUCUCUAUUUUGUGACUUUCUGAGAGUCUAUUAUUUAUAAUUACAACUGAAAACUGAGCAGUUAUUGUUAUAUCAGUAUUAAAGCUAUUAAAACCGUCGAAUAUCAUCAGUUUGUUUUUUUUUUAAUUACUAGCGAAACAGAGUUGAAUAUCGCAUUUCCUGUGAUACAAGACCUGAUUCCUUGGUAAUCGCAUAUUAUACCUUGUUCUUCAUGAUUUGGAAGAGGGCUCUUUUCUUAAAAGAUCAAGAAAAAGAUCAGCAGAAACAAGGUGAGAAGGAGCUGUUGAGACAGAAAUCCAACUGUUUCAAGUCAUGGAGAAUGGAGUUCUGGAGCACUUCUGCUAUCUUCUCAUCUUUCCUAAUGCCUAGCAAUCUCUCAACUUGGCCUGAUCUUUGUUCGAAAAUUUCGCGACGAGGCGGCCGAGAAACCAAAAAUGAGUAGUUGCCCUGCUUGCCGCACAUAUGGGUUCAUUCGGAUUCCAACGGUCUCUCAAAGUGCAUCCUCCUUCCUUUUUUCUAAGAGCAUGGUUAUUCCGUCGUUUUACGAGGAUACGAAGCAAAUCUUCGCACUUUCAGCACACGAUUCUGCACCUGCAACUCAGUUCCAUUUCGAGAUUUCAGAUCUUUUUUAGGUUCAUUCCAGAUGAAAAACUUUUUGAAAAACGGUCUGAACUUAUAAUGAGACUUCUACCCUGAAUUUAAAUCCAGGGAUAAUUUCUCCAUCGCAGUUUGAAGAUCAGUUCAGAACUUCUUUUGGUAUAUUGUUAAAAAACAAUGGCGGCUCAUGUAUGAAUAUUAAUCUUUCGAGCUCACGAUUUCAAAAAGAGAUAGAGCUCUUGAUCGUUAGGACAAAAAUUUUGACUCAUCGUUUUUAAAACUUUCCUUUUCAAUCCCAUCGAAAAUAUAAGCUUGAGUUAAAGUUUUCUGUCUAAAAAAAUUCUCUCACCUAGAGUUGCCUUAACUUCUUUCACCAACUUCCAUCACCAAUUUUAAGCUUUGAAGGACAAUGUGCUCAAAAUAUGGAGAUCAUUCAACUAAUCGCUCAAAAAAAUAUCUUUCAUUUUUUCCAACCAAACUUUGAAAAAAUUAGUUCCUGUUUUCUCGAGCGCUUUUCGAAGUAGUACAUUGAAUAUCAAAAAAAUAUAAAAAAAUAUUACGAAAAUUGCUGAACGCGUGCAUGAAUCUUUAUAUCAGUAAGAUUCGAAAAAACUACAUACAGUUUUUUUUAAAAUUUUAAACGGAUAGAUCUAUAUAUAGCCUUCCCUUCUUCUCAAUCUUUUCUCAGACAAAUCACGAAAUGUUUUUCUCCUCUCAGGCGCUGUGCCAAUUACAUCGACAAUAUCCUCCUUUUCUGUAAGCGUGGUUUGAGCACAAGAUCACAUUUCAAAAAAUACUAAAAAGGAAGAUGAUUUUACUUCGUGGCUGGAAAUUUUCUGAAUUUGCCAAAACACCUCUUGUAGAACCAGAAAAAAUUGUGAAAGUCUCAACUUGCACAACGUUCUAUUCUUAAGAAAAAAGGGCUCAGUAGCCCAAAAUAAUUUAUUUUAACGGUCUUCCAAGGUUUCCUCGACUUUGAAGCGUUUUCUCAAAAAAAAGAGUUGAGCAAGUUGAGACUUCCCUGAUCUUCAUCUUGUACAUGAACUAGUGUUCUGGUCAAUUUUCAGGAAAACCUCAACCGCAAAUCAAUAUUUUAAAACAAUAGAAUGACCACCGUUCGUAGUUUUUUUUUUAUUCCAAACUGAAGUUCAAAAUAACGUAAAAGGGUAAAAGCUAGGAUCACUGAAAAUUGAGGUAACUUUAUCGACAGUUAUCCUCUUCAAUCACGAAAAUUAUAUUUGUUCAAAAAAACUUUCGCUGAAAUUAAUAUUAUUUCAUAAUCGCAAAAGUUUUUUUCAGUUCGUCACGGCCAAUACUUUCGUACAGACUUUGUUUUGAGCUUUUUCUGAGCUUUUAGUAACAAACAACGUGAAUACUACAUCUGGAUGGUUUAGUUUAUUUCUCAACUCGCAUUGUGCUUAGAUUGUGCUUUUGAGAAGAAUAGCUCCUUUCUUCCUUUGGCGUCGCAGAUGCCGCUCUGUAACUUGCAAAAAGCCAGAUGUUUAUCCAAAACAGUCUUGGUCUCCGAAUCUGCCUUGGUCUCUCGCUGCUCACAUUGUUUUUGCCGCUUUUGCGCGAGCUUUUCUCAUCCAGACGGCGUACCAUUCCACACGCCCCUUUUUCAGCCACAUUCCCUUAGCUUCGAAAAAAAGGCUCCCUUUUUCUAUGAGCUCUUCUUGACUAUUUUUCAGAUCUUCAUCAAAACGUGUUUAAUAAUCCUACAGUUCAUAAAACAUAGAUUUCGAAGAAGUGAUAUUUUGUUUUUACGAAGUUAUGUUUUAAUUGUUUCUGUAAUACUUUUUAUUUUAAAAAAAGUUUCUUUGAAAGAUCUUGAGAACAAUCUUCGAUUAGAAUACGAACUUUCCAAAACCCUAUAUAAAUAAUUCGAUACAAGUUGAACCUUUUGGCUUUAGGCUUUUUUAUUACUCCGAGAUUGUUUGAAAAAACUCAACAUUUUUUUCCAUUCACAAAAAAAGAUCUGGAAAAAUUCUAGAAAAACAAUCUGAUAAUUUUUUUGUCGAAUACAGCUCGACUCUAUUGAUUAGAUUCAGAAUACGAACUCGUAAUGAAAAAGAAAAACUGAGCACACGUCUUUUUCUGAAAAUUUCAUUCGAAAAGAAUUUAUUUUUUCUGAGUAUUUACUCUUUAUUCCUUUGUGGCUUUUGCGAGCACGCAGAUUAUCUUCGUUGUCUUUUUUGAUCUUCCGUGUGUGCACCAUUUGAUUUUUUACGAUUAUUCUGUAAAGAUAAACAAUAGAAACAACUACUGCUAUUGGCUGAUGCUCACAAAAUGCAGUCCUACAAUCGCAAGAAGAAUUACGUCUAUCGUAAUACAAACAACUAUGGUUUCCGACGGUUUGUGGUUUUUCACAGUAAAGUAGGUAAAUUUGAAACUGUCAGUCUCACAUAGCAUGAAUGGAUGCGUUGCUGCUAUGAAGAGACUGCUUUGAAAGCUUGGUUUGGAACGGUUUUGAGCACAGCAAUCUAUUGACGUUUUGUGAGCUUUAAAUGUUGAAAAAAGGCUAUUCGAAAAGUAGGAACAGGACCAUUUCUAUCAUUUCCUUCCCAAAAAUAAUUAUUGAAAAUUUCAAAAGUUUGCAGCUCCGGUCCGGGAGGAAUGAAGGCUCCAGGCGCUUCGGACGAAGGUGGCAGCUCUUCUGGCUCACGACCGACGCCCUUCAACAACUCGCAGCGUCCAAUUCCGCUUCAGAACAACAACUACGCAAUGCUGCCAACAAUGCCUAGGCCGCCGAUCCCACCUUUGAUGGCGCCGAUGGCGAUGCAUUCGGGGCCCCCUCCGCAAUACGUCCAGCAUCAGCAGGUCAUGAUGGCACCACCCCCGAUGGGAAUGAUCCCGGCGCCGCUUCAAGCUGGUCCUAUGGCCAUGGGAUGGAUAUCGCAAACUCCGCCGGUCUCACAGAACGAUUUGUACGUCCAUGUGCAGAAUGGAGAAGCGGUGGGCGUCUCAUCGCCUAACGAGUUGCAGAAGGUCUUUGGUGAGGGUUAACAAGUCCUUCUGAUUAAGAUAGCCCACAUCCUUGAACUCUCAGAAAAAAUCGCAAAUUGACAAAAAGGAUUUUGAUAAAUAAUCAAAAUGUCUUAAAACGUGAUAUUAAAAAGAGAAGUUUUAUAGCUUUUUUUUCUGGAACGUGAGCAAAAAAGGUUACUUUGAAAAACACUAUUUGAAAAAAAGGCUUGCUAAAAACGCUGUGAAAAACAUUUCCUCUAGAUGUUUUUUCUCCAUCAAAACACUUUUUUUCAAUCGUUUUAACUUAGUUGAAAACUUUUUUCAACAACAUGCUAUAAUUCCACAGGUUGUUUUGUUCGGAGAUAAAAACUUCAUUUUUUUCAGGACCUGCCAGCAUCCGUAUGGUGACAGAAAGUCUGAUUCCUCCAACUGCUUUGCCAAUCAACGUGCCUCCGGGACACCAAGUUCAUCAGUUUAUUGACGAACAGGUCAGUCCGAAAAUUAAAGAAAGUCUUAUCAUUAUCAAGUAAAAGUCCUAACAAAAAAAAUACUCUCCAAGCUUAUAUAAGAGGUUUCUUGAGAACUCCCAUUCACACUAAUAUGAAUUCAAAUAUCGAAUAAAAAUAACCGGGGCAAACGACAAUGCUAAUUUUCAUUAUUAGUUAAUUAAAGGGGUGUUUGCGUCAUGUAAUUCUGUCUCUGGAAACGCCUCCGUCGUCACGUCACGGUUCGGCUAGCCUCAACGUGAGCUUUGAUUCAUUUUGGAAUUGUAUUUGACGUGAUCAACUCUCUUUUCUUCUUGAAAUUUGAACUUAAAUGACACAAUGUUUUGGUUCCUUCAUCGGAAAGUUACGGAUUCAGUAUGUGCAGUGCGAAACGGGUCUGAUGCAGCCGAUGUCCAAUCGGUUUAUCGCUCCGCCGCAGCAGCCGCCGCCAAUACGGAAGCUACCGCAAGGCGUCGUUCCGAUUGCGCAGCCGAUGCACGCUUACACGCAGCCGCCGAUCUAUCCGCAAACUCCGCGGAGCAAUUGGAAAAAUCAGAAAAUACGCCGUCAAGGACAAACAACAGGACAGGAAGAGAGUGUAUGUUUUUUUGCAUCUUAAUCAUUAUUUUACAAAAAAUAUACUUUCUAUCAAAUGUGUUUUUCGAGCACAGUUUCAUAAUUUUUUUCCACGAAAAAUUUCAUUUUUUUCAAAUCAAAUUUAUGUUCACAUUUUGUAGGAGCCUGAAGAUUCUGAAGAGAAUGAGAAAAUUCGCGAAAUGCUGAAUCGUAUCGUUGUUCCUCAAAUCCCUCUUAUCUCUGCUACGGAAGCUGAAGUCCAGUGGCAACACAUCGAUACGUCGGAGGUUAACUUUUGACCAAAACUAUAUUGACCUUUAAUUGCACUUCGUUACUACAAAAGCUCAUUUCAGGCUGCUGCGCCAGGAGGACCAUUCCCUCAAAUUGACUCUUCCGAGUUCAUCUACCACGUCGUCCUUUUUGAGAGCACCGGUCGAUUUGUAGCCACGUGAGAAAUUUCAAUAAAUUUUUUUUUUGAGCUUGAGUUUUAGGUCAAAGUAUGACACUUCAAUGGGUAAUAAUCUGCGGAUGUGUUCUCUUCGUCCCAACACAGAAUACAUAGUUAAGCUGAAGGUGUGUAACUGGAGAUUUUCUGACAAAUCUUUGAUAUAUUCUUGGACACUUAUUGAUCAAAUAUUGUAGAAGUCUAAUAUUUUUGCAGGUUUCUCUGGAUGAACGCGGUCUGAUGGGAGAAACGACACAAGUUCGCUUCAAGACGGCUCCAGGUCGACCUGAGCCUCCUAUGACGCCAACGUGAACAAUUUUUCGUUUCGCGUAAAAUUUUCAUUUUAAGUUUGCUCACAAGAGGCUUAGACUCCUUGAAACUCAGUUGGAGGGCGGCAAAUGAUAACGGAUGCAUCAUUCACUGCUACUAUGUGUAUCUGUCCUUGGUUAGAAAUUGGAGUUAUGAGGACAACUGCGACUUCAGUACUUUACAGACGUUCAAAGAAGAAAUUCCUCCCAAAGUCUAUCAAACGGAACGCCCAGAAAUCCUGAUUGACGAAUUGAGUCCGGAGACUAGUUACCGGUAUCACUAGCUUUCCCGAUUCAUAGAAUGUGAUUUAUAGUAUCCGAAUCACUGCUGUGAAUGCUCUGGGAGAGUCUGGAGAGUCGUCUCCGCUCACCGUAGUCACCCGAUGCGAGGAUGCGCCAAUUCAGCCUGAACCUAUCCCUCCAACUAUCGUCCAAACUUCUCAGCGUUCAGUCAAAGUCGCUUGGAAUGGUCAGACUGAGAGCAGCUCAGCGGUAUGUUCAUUUUGAAAGUUAUCAAUUAGGAAGCAAGACAAAAGAGAAAGAUCAAUUUUGGAUCAAAACAUUCUGCGCAAAGACCUAUAGGCCGAAAAAGUGAAGAAAACAUUUGAACAUCACAGCCGGUCACUUUUUCCGCUUUGAAGAACCAUUUCUAAGAAUCUGAGCUUCCAGGGAAUGCAGCUCGAAAUGUACGACGUCCAGAAUAAAACGACUGUUCUUAUCAAAGAGCGCCUGAUAGGACCACCUAUUCACAUUUCGGACCUCCAACCGUGAGAAAUGGAAGCUUUUCAAAAUGAUUGAACUGAGUUACAGUGGUUGUGAGUAUCGCUUUCGCGUUUUCUCCCGUGGUGAAGACGAAGAAUCUCCGCGCUCCAGUUGGGUGACAACGCGAACUUUGACUCAGCGGAGCUUUCACGGACCUCAUAGAAACGCGAAGCCUGAACAGAUGCACGAGUUUCCCUGCAUUCCGAGUCGUCCAUAUCCUCAGGGAACAGAUCGUAGAAUGGAGAUUUGUUGGCAGUACGGUGGUCCUCGGUAAAUAAAUUUAUGUGCAGUUUGCAGAACUUUAAAUUAAAAUUACAAAAAAUGAAAAUGAAGUGGAGACAUCUGCAAACUUAAGCGUUUAAUAAUAAAGAACCAAAAAAGGUUUUAACUUGAAAAAAAAAAAUGAUUUUAACGCAUGAAGGAGCUGCAGGAAAGUUGCUUUUUCCAUUAGAAUAAUUUCCUUUCAUUUCAUCAUGAGAAGUACGAAAAUUUUUCGUAGAAAAAUUGAAUAGCUUGUUGAUAUUGAGCCGUGGCUGCUUAUUUACAACAACUUUUAACUGUAAUUCAUUGUAUUGUCAAAUUACACUUCAACCAGAUAAUGAAAUCCUGACCAACACAAAUGAUAAUUACAGUGACCGCGAUUUGUUGUUCCAUCUCGAAGGAUCGACCUUCAAUCACCCGCAUAACUACCGCACUCUUUAUCGCGGUUCCGCUACCACUUAUCUUCUGACCGAAGAAAACAUUCAAAACUUUCGAGUUCAGUCAAUCUCAAAAAACAAUUUGCCUGUAUGUCUUUAUCGAUAAACUCACGACUUUUGGAAAACUUCAGAGUCCGUUUUCGGAAGUCCUUACGUUGCCUCGCAAAGACGACGACUUCAUUCUUCAGCCUGGCAAACUGACCCCACCUAGGCUCGAAAAUUUCUCACUAUCUUCUGUUAAAGUGACUUGGAAUCCGCUUAAAGAUGCUGUAAGCAAUGAAAAGCUCUUUCCUCUUAUCCUUCCUAUUUAGGAACUUGCAAAAAGCGAGGUCGUGUACGAAGCCAAACGCCUCGACGUUGAUACCGAUUGCAUUUACAUCGGUAAAUCGACUGAAUGGGAAAUCAAAGAAGUAGAAGCAAGUGAAGUCGUUACAGUACAGGUUUGAAACGACUCCAAUGAUGAUAAAUACAAAUUAUAUCAGGUGCGAGCUGUUUUCAUCACUGGUGACCAGAAAAAGGUGGAAGGUGACUGGAGUGAAUCAACGACGAUUGUGACGCCGCCGAAAAAACCUGAUCAACCGAAAAACGUUCAUUUCAACCCUGAAACGUUAGUUUUGUGCAGCUAUUAAAAAUUCCAAAUUUUCAAUGCUAAUUACUAUACAGAAGCGUCUUGUCUUGGAUCUGUGAGCUUUCAAACGGAGAAGGUCACUUCAACGUGGAUGUCACUUGCAAAGCGUUAGAGAAAAGCGAAACUUCGAGCCUCAUCGUCACGGAGAACUUUCUGACGCUGCCGAAGCUUGUUCCUGCUGCCGAGUACACUUGUACUGUCGUCGCCGUGCGAGGCUCGCACGAGUCAGAAGAGUCAGAGAGUAUCAAAUUCAACACUCCGUCAGUGCAUCCUUCUCAGCCGAAUGGUACUAUCUACGCAAAAAUUUUUCAAUUUUUUUGUGUUAUAGCUGUGUGCAUUGACUCGGAAAGCGUUGAUUCGCUUCUUUUGAACUGGACUGCUGCAGAUUGUCGUGGAACUCCCAUCAAGCAGUACCGCGUCAAAGUUAUCAACGGGAAAGAGGUUAACAAUGAGCUUCGCUCGAACAUCCAAAAAAAAACUGUUUAGAUUAUCCGCGAAGCUGCUAUCAUUGCAAACGAGGGUGCUGGAGAGUUCACAAUCACCAAUCUGGAGCCUAAUACUCAAUAUCGAGUUGAGAUUUGUGCUGAAAACGAGAUCGGUAUGGGUCCAGCUGUCAGCAUCUCGGGACGCACCAAAAGUCCGCCACCUGCUCCACCCAAGUAAAAUACUCGAACCAGUUCUUAUUUAAAGUCAUAUUUCAAGGAUUGAUUGUGAGCCGGAAGUCAAUAUGAUGCGACUUCGCUGGAAGCCAACCACAUCUGGUGAUUCUGCAGUUUACAAGUGAGAAAGAGUCUAUCUGAUUUCGAAGUGCUUUGAAAUUUUAGACUGGUUCGACUGUCCAACACUGAUGCUCACAUUCCCGUUUAUGAAGGAGCUCUGCUCACAACCAAAGUGAAAGGCUUGGCCGAAGAUACAGAGUAUCGUUUUCAAAUCCGUGCUUCCAACAAGUGAGUUAAACAGGUUGCAGAUCUUUUCAUAUUGAUGUUUUUGAGGCUGACCGGGGUUUCGGUUUGGUCACAGCCCUACUCGUUCCGGACCAACAUUGCUCCGCCUCCUUUGGUGCGAAGAGCUCCUGUCUGCACCCCCAUCGCAGAUCAAGAAGGACAUUGCCUUGUCGAGUGGUCGAACGUCCUUCCACAGCCCAACACUCGCAACCAGUUUUACCGUCUUCAAGUCAUAAACUCCAAAAAGGCAGACUCUCGCUGGCACACAGUAAGUUUUGUGAUAAAAUAAUCAAAACUGCAAAGAAAAGAUUAGAAGUUGAACACUUAUUUCAGGUCUUCGAAGGCUGCACGUCGUCUUUUGUCCUUCCUACCGCGGAGUACACCGACACAAUUCAUCUGAGGGUCUUCUGUGUUCGCCGUGGAGAUGACGGCGAAGUGAAAAGUGGCGAAAGUCCCCACGGUCACUUCACAAACCGACCGCGGGAUCAGAAUAAUAGUGAUGUAAGAAAAUGGAAGUCCUAUGACGUGAAGAUAAUUUAAAUCAUCCGCUGGGAAAUACGAAACAUCUAUCAACCUUUUUUUUCUUACUUUUUUGUGUUCUAAUGGGGAAUGAACUACCGACUUCAUAUAGGUCGAUUCAAAACGAAGAGUUCAUCGAAAAAAAAAUGCAAAAGAAUUGGUGGGAAACUUCUCUGCCGGAAAGUUCCCUGGGGAUGUAAAAAAAGCGGAAAAUUCGUCGUUCAAAUUUUCGCUGGUCUUUUUUCAUACCACCGUAGUAUCCUGUAAUAGAAUCGAAGUUAGAAAAAAAAUUUCUAAUUGUUACCCUUUGAUUUCCUUACCCUAGAAAUAUCUAUCAGAGUAAUCCAAAUCAGGUCUUUAGCAUUUACCUUCGAGAGUUCUUUGAAAUCAAUUACUCAAUAAAAUUUGCUGUACUAAUUAUAGACAAAAGUUGAGAAUUUGGAUGAAAAAAAUGCCAGGAAUCCCAGGGCGGCGCGGCGGAGGUGGACCAGCGCCCGUGGUACGUCCGCUACAACAACCGACUCCUGCCAAUCGUCGUCGUAAGUGUCGCCUUUGUGUUGACAUUCCUAAUCAAUACGUUCAGAUCGGAUUAUUAGUGAGUUUGAAUUUCGCGUCUUCCGCGUCGUAAAACGCAUAUUCCAGGUGAUAUUUGCGUUAUUCACUCUCGGUGUUGCUGUGCUUUGUGAUUGGCUGUUCAACCUGGGCCAAGCUCCCGACACGCCCUCUCCGUAUCUCAUCGCCAUGCAGGCGUCUUCGUCUGCACCUCGAGGCGUCAUUCAUCCGCCGUCCAGUCUUCGCGAACUCUAA